AAUCUAAACCUUAUUCCAUCAAGGGGGUCUCAAAUGUUUCGGGAGCAAUAACUAGUGAUUAGAGUACUGUACACUGAAUAAUUAGGAUUUGCAUUCGUUAUAGCAAAGAUGGGGAAGCUAGUGGCGGAAACUAUGGAGAUUGGACUCAUAAUCACUGCAAUUGUUGUUAUUGUUUUCGACGUCACUAUGUGGUGUUACACAUCUACAAUCCGGGGGUAUCAGUUCACGACCUUUGUCGGCGCUAGAAUCGGCGACAUUCUGGGUAUGUUCGUGUUGUAUUCCAUGCCCGUCAUUGUUUUGACGAUCAUCGCCACAGCUUAUUUAGCAAUCAAGCAGCAGUAUCCAUCAGACCUUCGCGCGUCGUGGUUUCGACGCUUUUGUAGGUUACUGUGGACUCGCCCGUUGGUGGUGAACGAAUUCCUGGGCGUUUUAAACGGUUUCGAUCUUCUUGUCAUCCUUAGCACCAUUUUCGUGGUUCUGUGGAUGGUUUUGAAUGAGCUUUUGCCUCAACUUCGUUCGCUGCAUGGUAAUCCUAUGGCGGGUUUGUUGAAGUGGAAGCCCAUAGGGGUUGUAUUGGGACGAGUGGCCGUUUUGCCCAUUUCCCUGUUGCUCAUUCCCGUCUCGCGAUCGUCACCAAUUCUACGCGCAAUUGACAUCCCCUUUGAGCAAGCGGUGAAGUAUCAUAUAUGGUUGGGGCACCUGACUAUGGCUAUGCUUUUGGGACAUGUGAGCAUCUUCAUUGGAAUCUUUGCCUAUAAACACCAUAUGGUGAAAUUGGUCACAUGGCCACCUACGGGAGUCUCAUACCUAGCUGGAUUAAUUGCUUUCGUUGCUGGAUCACUCAUGUGGAUCACAGCUCUCCCUCUCAUACGAAGACGUUUUUUCAAUGCAUUUUACUAUACGCACCAAUUGUAUAUACUAUUUUUCGCGUUUCUGGUGUAUCAUGUCGGGGUGACGACGGCAGGAUACUACAUCGGUGGUGUGUUUCUCUAUCUGCUUGACAGAUUCUUCCGGGUUCAUCAAUCCAGGAAGAAGAUGCUGAUUUCAAGUGCAAAGAUUCUUUCGAAUGACGUCGUGGAGUUAAAGAUCCCAAAACUACCGUCUAUGGAGCACAGUGCUUUGAGCUUCAUAUUUAUCAACAUUCCGAGUAUAUCACCUCUUGAAUGGCACCCAUUCAGCGUGGCGUCAAGUCCUUUGGAUGAGACAGCAAUCACCCUUUACGUAAAGCCUUUCGGCAUCACUAGCUGGACCCAACACUUGCACACCUUGGUCACAAGAUCGACGAAGAAGAAUGGGUCCGGGUGCCCAUUUGCCCAAAAGUUUUCCAUGGAAGGUCCUUACGGACAUGAAUCCAAUUUUUUCUUGCGGUAUAAGACAUUGCUUCUUGUAGCAGGUGGAAUCGGUAUCACACCCUUUUUGGCCAUGAUUUCGGAUAUUUUGCAUCGCUAUGAAGCGGCACACACAUAUUUGCCACAGCAUGUCCAUUUCACUUGGAUUGUGCCAACAUCCGCAGACCUCCACAUUCUGCAACAGCUGGCGCCAACAUCCAUUUUUCCUCAGUUACAGUCCAGCAAUCUCACGAUUGUGGUGGAUGUUUAUGUGACCAGAGACAAUGCAAUUCGUCCUGAGUUUGAACCAAGCUUAUCAGUUGCCAGAAACUCAGCUGAUGUGGAACCCUCAUUGGUAGAAACUAUGUCCAUUAGACACAAUCUACACAUGGCAUGUCUCAUUCUCGGCACAGUUCUAAUUUCCAUCACCUUGUUUGCGAUCCUACAACACCAUGCCCUCAAAAGACAAAAGAAUGGAUUUGGAGAAAAAAUUCCUUCAUGGAUACAGGCGAGUCUCUUCUUCUGUAGUUUGGCGAUUGGAAUAGGUGGAAUGGGAGGAUUUCUCAUCACAUGUUGGAGUAAAACAUUCCGCUACAAAAGAAAUUCAAGUGCGAGUGUCGUGAGCAAUGAGACAGAGUUUCAAUUGCAGGAAAAUGUACUAUAUCAACCUCAUCAGUUCCCAGGUUGCGAUGAUCUGGAAUUGGGUGCUCGGACACUUUGCCACCAAUCUUACACGACCUUACGUAAAGGUCGGCCAAUUCUUUCAGAAGUUCUUGAUGCAGUACUUGAAAGAUAUACGAAUGAGAAUGUUGGAGUGUUAGCUUCAGGCCCAGAGAGCCUUCAGCGAGACGUUGCGAAUAUGUGCCGCAACCACUCCUCAAACAAUUACGCUACAGCCCAGAUCUUGAACUACCAUUCUGUUAGCUUCAGGUUGUAGAGGCAUCAUGUAAUAAGACAUCGUGUGGACAUGUGAAUAUUUAGAAAGCACUUCUGAAUUGCACUUGUGGUUUUUCUCAAUAUGAUCUAUCAUAAACUCCCCAUCAAAAGUGAGAGAUGCUUAAUUUGUGCAUCACUCUGAGAAAAUCCUAGAACUGUAAUGUGUGGAACACAUAUUUUGAUUGUGUAAAUUAAUGUUUGUAGAGAGUGAAUAAUUUAAAUUUGAUUCUGAAAGAUUUGCAUUAGUUAGUUGGAAUUUCCGUAGAAUAGGGCUUGCUGGCAGGGAUUGCAUGAGGUUGGUGAAUCGGCAGAAGGGGUAGCAUGAUCUGUCACGCCUCACCCGCCACUUGGCAGGACUCGCGGAACUCAUUUCCUUAUUAGUUGCUCCUUCGCCAACAUCCAUGUGUUCACUGCAUGAAUGAAGAUGCUUUUCUGCAAAUGGAUCCUCGACUCAUGGGAUGGUGACCAUGGAAGGAAAAGCACAUUCCUCGAUGGGACGUUGUCUCAUUCUGAAGGUUUCUGAAACUCUUUGCAGGGUUUAUAGUUCUACCAAGUUUCGUUGCAGCAUUAGUCCUGUAAGUGUAAGAGUUGCGAGAUUUAGAUGACCUCGUGAUUGAGAUAAUUCUGCGAAGAAGGGUCUUUGUUGUAGAUGUGGUUUGGGAAUCAUUAUUGACAAGAAUUGCUGAGAGAAGAUUUUAGUCAGUUAAUGACACUUUUGAGUUUCAAGGGCUUUUGAGGUCAAUUUUGGGUCUCUGGACGUUUAAAAUAUUAUUUCACCCGAUUGGAGCCCUGUUUUAAAUCACUGUUAAUUGAGAAGCUCUUACAAUGGCAGCAGUAGCUCGGGCGACGAGGACUCGGAUGAUGCUGAUUUGUGCAGCCAGACAGCACAACAAUGUUGCAGGGUUUCGAACUGUUACUCAAGCUCUGUAUGACCGAGGGCAGAUUACCUCCAGUUCAAGUGUAUUUUCAGCAGGAAAGUCUUGGCAGAAUUUGGGUGUGAUAUAUCCAGCAUGGUGCCGCGACACAGUAUCAGGAUAUUCUCGAGGCUAUACCACCAAAGACCAACCCGACAGUGCUGAUGACGUGACAGGAGCUGUCAAGACCACAACAUCGUCAGGGGAUAUUGGUGAAGAGAUGCAUGUUGAUACGUGGGUGAGAGACGAACUGGAGGAGCCCGAGGGUGGACCAGAGCCCGGAGUGAAGGAGAAAGCCAAGCAAGCUAUGGGUGCAUUUGGGGAGAAAAUAAAGGAUGCAGGCAAGGCAAUUACAGACUCCACAGACAACGAGACGGUGGAAAAAGUAGGGGAAACCGUGAAAGGAGCUGGCGACACCGUGAGAGAGAAAGGGAGUAACAAAACAAGCUUAGGGAAGGAAGAUGUUGUCACCUCUUAACCCAUUCGGUAUCUUUACCUUCAGGCACUUUGUUUCUUAGUUGCCUCACACAGUUCAAGUGUAUUGAAGUAAUCGUGUGUUCAUGCGGGUCGGACCUUACAUGCUGGUUGUAGAACGAAUUGGGUAGCUGCAGAAGAGUAAAUGAGUACUCUUUACGGACAGUUCAUGGGAGUCACACUCUGAAAUAUAAAUAUGUUUAUCACUUUCCUUAUUUCCUCAAAUUGUGAGCAUUGCAAUGCAUGCAGAAGUCGGAGAGGGCAUGCUGAUUAAUGCUCCUCGCAAACAUUUUUCAGCUGAAAUAAAUCAAAGACCUGAUCUUCCCAAUUUCAAAA